AUGCUUGGAAAGGACAAUCAGCAUGGAGCUUUAGCCCCAGCUCAAAUUCAAAAAUCCAUAAUCAUUCUCAUAGAGGAUCUUAAUGGUCAUGAGGUUGAUGCCUUUGGAAUUGGUACCUAUCUGGUUACAUGUUACGCUCAAGCUGCUUUAGGUGUUGUUUUCAAGCUGGUUGAAAUAAAUAAUCAACCUCGUAUUAAACUUUCUGAAGAUGUAUCAAAGGUUUCUAUUCCAUGUAAGAAGCGAUGCUUUAGGUUGUAUGGGAAAGAAGGUUAUCCCCUUGUUGACAUAAUGACCGGAGAAAAUGAGCCCCCUCCAAAGGUGGGAGAAAGAAUCCUGUGCCGUCAUCCCUUCCAAGAAUCCAAGAGAGCAUACGUGGUGCCACAGCGAGUUGAGGAGCUUCUGAGGUGUUACUGGCCUGGGAGUUCAGAUAAAAAGAAAGACACUUUACCAGUACUAAGAGACAUUAGAGAGGGAUGCAUCAAGCAACUCGAGCAAAUGCGACCUGACCACAUGAGGAGACUUAACCCAACCCCAUAUAAGGUCAGUGUUAGUGCAAAAUUAUACGACUUCAUUCAUUUCCUGUGGCUCAAUGAGGCACCAGUUGGGGAGCUACAGUAA